GCUGGCCUAAGCAUAAUCUUCACCGACGAUGCUCAGAACUCGGCUGCGCCUUCCCCGACCACCACCUUCCUCAAUACAACGGUACAGUCACUAUAAACCUCUCCCCACACCUCCCAACCUCUCAAUUAUCGAAACCCCAGAAGAUUCUCAAAAAGCACGCUCAUGGAUCUCCCAAUUCAAACAAUCACCCAUACCACGGAAGUCGGUCGAAUUGUCUUUUUCUGCUAGUUCAGGGCCUGGUGGACAGCACGUAAACAGAACAAAUUCUAAAGCAACUCUUCGCUGUUCGCUCGAUUCGGGAUGGAUUCCUCCGUGGGCUAAACAAACACUGAGCAAGUCUCCCCAAUACGUAGCAUCAACAGCAUCAUUGCUCAUCACCUCUUCAUUCUCCCGUUCACAGCUCCAGAACGUCAACGAUUGUUUAUCCAAACUUCAUGAUCUCAUCCUCUCAGCCGCAUCAUCCACUUUGAAAAAUGAAACACCAGUAGAGCAAAAGAAACACGUGGCUAAACUGGAGGACAUCGCGAAACAACGGAGGAGGAAGGAAAAGUCACAUCGGAGCGAUCUUAAGCGGAGUAGAGGAAAGGCUUCUGGUGGGGCUUGGGAUUGAGGCUCAGGGAUCCUCUUCUGGUGGAGGUUCUUUAUCGAGGUUUAGCGACGGCGUUGAGAGCGCGUGGACAACCAUUCCAACUUCAAACACUCUCUGCUUCCCGUUCGACUUUUCGAAGAUAUUGGAGGAUUUAGGAUGCGCGUUAGUCUCUCGAAGCGUAGCUUCGGUUCCUCAGAAGGAACGUGGAGUGAGCCAGUAAUCCACGAUAUCAUCCUCAAGUAAUCGUUCAAGCUCAAACCCGCAACCGUGUUGUUCUCGUUAGAAGAUUUCCACUCCAUCUCAGCCUAGCCCUAGUGCCAACCGUGAUCGUACAGUACUUCUUGAACUAUAGUAGCACCUUGUUCCUAAUAUCAAUCUCAGGCUAAUUCCAUACGGAGUG